CCAGCCCUAUUCCAUCGAUCUAAUUCAUACCUCCAUCACUGCCCCCAACGUAUAACAGUAUAGCCAGAAACAUCAAAAGAUCAAAGACAUGCAGACUUCCUCUCUCAUUAAGGCCUUCUUCUGUCUGUUCCUCCUAGGUUUCCAGAUGGUGACUUUGCCGGCGGCGAAUGCGAUCCGGUUGUCGGAAGGCGGGGAGGCUGUAGAGGAAGGUCAGACGAGUCUGAUCAGCUGCAAAAAGGAAGCUGAUUGUGCUAAUGCAGGGAGCAUUCUGGUUUGCAUCGAUGGCCACAUCCACUGCCGCAACCAGAUUUGCCAAUGUGUUAAUGACUGAAAUUGUUUUUUUAUAUAUAUCAUCCGUAGAUUUGAUGCUGUUUAAUUGAGCCACGGUACUUCUGCAAAAGAUUUGUUCCCUAAUAAAACGAUUGGGUUAAA